CUCCCCGUCUUCACUCCUUUAAAACAUCCUCGAGCAAGAACCCAAGGACACCUCAACUCACGCCCACCGAGCCAGCUCAGUUCAAGAAAGAGACGAAAACAACCCAAAAAUGGCGAUAAUCUCUGAUUACGAAGAAGACCAAACAGACACAAAACCAUCAUCAUCAUCCCGUACCCCUCCCAAAACGUCGACGUUUACUGCAACAUUUGAUCCACAAAACCCCAUGAGGAUUGUGGAGGGAGUUCUUGAUUUCCUGGGGAAAGAGAGUGAUUUUCUCGAGAAGGAGACGGCGGAGAAGGAGAUCUUUGCGGUGGUGAAGAAGGCAGUGGAGGAGGCGAAGAGGAAGAAGGCGGAGGAGGAGGCGAAGGUGAAGGCGGCGGAGGAGGCGAAGGUGAAGGCGCAGAGUAAGAGGUUGAAGGUGGAGAAGGAGAAGGAGAAGAAGGAGAAAAUGGACGAAAACGAGAACAAAGAGGAGAGUGCAAAGGUUCCAAAUAAUGGCAACGGGCUUGAUCUGGAGAAAUAUUCCUGGACACAGACCUUGCAAGAGGUUAAUGUACAAAUUCCAGUUCCUUCUGGAACUAAAUCAAGAUUUGUCAUAUGUGACAUCAAGAAAAACCAUCUAAAAGUUGGACUCAAGGGCCAGCCUCCAAUAGUUGAGGGAGAGCUCUAUAAGCCCAUCAAGGUUGAUGAUUGCUAUUGGAGCAUAGAGGACCAGAAUACCAUCUCAAUCCUUUUGACAAAGCAUGACCAAAUGGAUUGGUGGAAGUCUUUGGUGAAAGGAGAUCCUGAAAUUGAUACUCAGAAAGUGGAGCCUGAAAACAGCAAACUAUCUGACCUUGAUUCUGAAACACGGCAGACUGUUGAAAAGAUGAUGUUUGAUCAGAGACAGAAGUCUAUGGGGCUUCCAACCAGUGAUGAGAUGCAGAAACAGGAGAUUCUGAAGAAGUUCAUGUCUGAGCAUCCCGAGAUGGAUUUCUCAAGGGCAAAGAUAGCAUAAAAUAAAAUGGGAAUGUUUGAUUUCGUGGCUGAUGUUUAGAAAACUGGCCAAGGUGUCUAUUUUGAUCUAGAUUUUCUUCUUGGUGAGCUUGAAUGGUUGGACCAUGUUAAAUAGUUUAACAUUUCCCUUUUCAUGGGAUUGGAGUGGUUGAUUGGAAUAUAUUUAUAGUUGGUUUUGAA